AUGCCCGACACCCGCCAGCAGUCGUUCGACGAGAUCUACGGCCCGCCAGAGAACUUCCUCGAGAUCGAGGUGCGCAACCCGCGCACCCACGGCAUGGGCCGCUCCAUGUACACAGACUACGAGAUUGUCUGCCGAACCAACAUCCCCGCCUUCAAGCUGCGCCAGUCGACGGUGCGUCGCCGGUACUCGGACUUUGAGUACUUUCGGGACAUUCUCGAGCGGGAGAGCGCGCGCGUGACCAUCCCGCCGCUGCCCGGCAAGGUCUUCACCAACCGCUUCAGCGACGAUGUGAUUGAGGGACGGCGCGCCGGCCUGGAGAAGUUUCUCAAGAUUGUGGUUGGCCACCCCUUGCUGCAGACUGGUAGCAAGGUGCUGGCGGCAUUUGUGCAGGACCCCAACUGGGACCGGAGUGCCUGGUGA